CUCCUCCUCCUCCUUCUCCUCCUCUCUGUGCUGGCAGUGAGCAGAGGUGAGCUGCCGCCGCCGCUGCUGCUGUUCACUCAGCUCCCUGCUCUGCUCUGCUCUGCUCCGCUCCGCUCUGGGAAAAAGAAGAACGGAUUAUCCAGCUCGGUAACGUUAGCUCGUCCGGCUAACGGUCAACACAGCGACCAACAGGAGCCAUGAGAAGCCGCCGGAGCCGCUGAAAAGUUAGCCACGGCGCACUCGGGGGACUUUAAUGUGCGGACACAAACCAAAAAGGAGGUUCGCGGAUCAUGCCGUCGCCCCCAACGGGAACUUUCCUCUAGAAUUUCCACUCGGGGAAGGCUAGCUCCGGGGGCUAGCGAGGCUACAAACUAUUUUUAAUUGGCUUUGGGGCGCUCCAUGGCUCUCGCUUGUUUUUCCCUGUCAUAGCGACAGCCUGGGGGGAAAAUUGAGAAAACGAGGGGGAGAGGCCCUGUGAACUUCAUGACAAACCAAAGCCCCGGCUUUGCAGCGUUACUUCGGAAGGACGGACCGGCGAGGGAGCGAAAAUGAAGAAGCAGUUCAAUCGGAUGAAACAGCUCGCCAAUCAGACAGUUGGCAGAGCGGAGAAAACAGAAGUCCUCAGUGAUGACCUCCUGCAGAUUGAACGGCGCAUGGAGUUGGUGCGUGUGGUGUCCCACAACACACACAAGAGGAUGGUGUCGUGUCUACAGGGACACAUCGGUGCAGAUGCAGAGAAGAGACAUUCCGUACCACGCCUCUAUACAGGAAAUGGUCAGAAAAAGCUUCCUCUGACUUCACUAUCCCAGGCGAUGGUGGAAGGUGGAAACCAGCUGGGAGAAGACUCCUUGAUAGGGAAGAUGAUGGAAGUGUGCGGCGAUGCAGAGAACCGCCUGGCAUCAGAGCUGAUGCAACACGAGCUGCAGAUAGAGAAGGACGUUCUGGAUCCCCUCAGCCAGCUAGCAGAGGUGGACAUUCCCAACAUCCUGAAGCAGAGAAAACAGCUGGCCAAAUUGGUGCUGGACUAUGAUUCUGCCAGAGCAAGAUGGUUGCAGGCAACCAAGUCAAUAAUCUCAGGAACAAACACUCAGGCACUGACGGCCAAGGCUGACCUACUCAAGGAGGAGAUGGAUGAGGCCAUGAACAAAGUGGAGCUUUGCAAGGAUCAGCUGGCUGCAGACAUGUACAGCUUUUUCUCAAAAGAAGGGGACUAUGCCCGCUACUUUGUAACACUCUUAGAAGCUCAAGCUGAUUACCACAGAAAGUCUCUCACUGUUCUGGAGAAUGUCUUGCCAACCAUCCAGGCACAGCAAGACUCGUGGACAGAGAAGCCUGCAUUUGGCACUGGGCUGGACGAACACCUGAAGAGAAGCGGAAGAGAGAUCGCCCUACCGUUAGAGGCCUGUGUCAUGAUGCUUCUAGAGACUGGCAUGAAGGAGGAGGGUCUAUUCAGAAUUGCAGCAGGGGCAUCCAAGCUAAAGAAACUAAAGGCAGCGCUGGAUUGUUCCACGUCGCAACUGGAGGAGUUCUACUCAGACCCCCACGCUGUCGCUGGAGCACUGAAGUCCUACCUGAGGGAGCUCCCCGAACCUCUAAUGAGUUACCAGCUUUAUGACGACUGGAUACAGGCAUCCAGUGUGACGGACCCGGACAAGAGACUCCAGGCGCUCUGGGUUGUUUGUGAUAAGCUACCAAAGAACAACAAAACCAACCUGAGGUAUCUGGUGAAGUUUCUGUCCAAACUGGCUCAGGACAGCGAGGUGAACAAAAUGACUCCAAGCAACAUCGCCAUUGUCCUGGGGCCCAACCUGCUGUGGGCCAAGACUGAGGGGACUCUAGCUGAGAUGGCUGCAGCUACCUCUGUGCACGUGGUGGCCAUCGUGGAGCCCAUCAUCCAGCACGCUGACUGGUUCUUUCCUGAGGAUGUGGAGUUCAACGUGUCCGGCAUGUUUGCGAUGCCCACGCCGGCGUCCAAUCACAACAACCACCUUGACUACGACUGCGGCACCAUAGAGAGGAAGAGGCCCGUCAGUAUGGUGGGACCGGAGAACGACGCGACGCGCAAAGACAACACCCCUAACAAGCACUCGGACCACACCCUCCGUAGAGGCAGUAACACCUUAGGUAGAAAGCAGCACACUUCACCCGCCUUCCAGCCUCCUUUACCCCCUGUGGAGGCUCCGGGGCAGGGGCACGUGGCCGGGCAGGUCCCCCAGCCCUCCGCCGAGCCCCAGCCCCAGCCACAGGCUCCAUCAGGGGGUUUUUCGGGGCCUGAAGCUUCCCAGCAUAGCUUGGCGCAGAAUCUGGCUGCUCUGGCAGCCGCUCAGCAGCUUCUAGCCCAGCACACAGAGGAGCUCAGCAACCCAAAGCUGCGAGACUCCACACCGGCCCAGACCCCUCUGCUCCAGAGGAACGGCUCUGGAGGUGGAGGCCAGGCCUCAGGGCAGCUGGGCACUGGGACACCCGGGGCUGGACCCAUGGGUCCCAGUCCGCAUAUGAUGCGCAGAGGCACCAAGAAGCAGGCUCCUGCCCCUCCCAAGCCGACAAACCCUCCACCCAGUCAGCCCUGUAGUUCCUCCAACCAUGCCUCCUCCUCAGGCUCCUCCCAGUCCCUCAGCCCCACCCCCAGACCUCUGUCUAGCCACUCGCCCACCUCGCCCACCUCUCCCACCUCGCAGCCAUGUGCCACACCCAGACGCCACUCCAGUAACCAGCCCCCAAUCCAGGCACCCAGCCACCCGCCCCCGGAGCCCCCGACACAGGCCAGUCCCCCGCCGCAACUGGCAUCACUCGGCGGAGAACAGAGGAGCGCUGACCCCUCGCCCCCGGGCACCCCGACCCCUCCGGACACCCCUCCUCCCUCAGCCGCCAGCCAUGACGCGGUCGCCCCUCCGUCCCCGUCGCCAUACCAGUCGGGCUCGCUACCCCGGCCACGGCCCGUCCCCAAGCCCCGGAACAGACCCAGCAUCCCGCCGCCGCCGCAGCCCAACACACAGGCCGGUGACACCAACGGGAUCUGUGCCACUGCUUACAAGAUGAUGGACCCGGCGAUGACUUUCAAAGGGCUGAGUCGAGCGUUGGUCCCUGAGUUCGCUGUAGACCAGCAGCCAGCGACCUCCUCCUCCUCCUCUUCCUCCUCCUCUUCCUCCUCCCUCCUGUCUCUUCCCAAAGACUGUGACCUGGACACUGAGAGCACUGUCCUAUAAGGAGGAGGAGACGACAUGCUCCGGUCCAGCUCCCCCUACGCUUCUCCUCAUCCUCCUCCUCCUCCUUCAUCAUACACACACCUCAUGUAAUCUGCCCUCAGCCUGUCUCUGCAGAACACACCUCUGCUGUUAGGAUCUCCCAGUCCGGCCUGUAUGAAGGACUGUAAUGUGACAUAACGGCAGCCACGAUGGAGGUCAGCCACUCUUGGUAAACAGAGGUUACGACUGUUGGUUGUGUUUGUGUGAAUAGUAAUCGCGUUGAUGCUUUAAGAAGGGAGUUGCUCAUUUCCCCAGGUCCAUCUAUUACAUGUUGAUUUAUGUGUUUAUUUAUCAACAUUUUAAGUGGGACACAUCAACAGCUAAGCUGUUUUCAUGUUGUAAACACGGCAGCAACCAACGAUUUUAAUCGUCUAUCAAUCUGUUGGUUAUUUUCUCAAUUAACCGAUUAUUAGGGCUAUAAAAUGUCCGAAAAUGUUGGAAAUUGUCUUGCUAUGUCCACAAGCCAAAGAUAAUACGUUUUACCAUCAAAAAGAAGCCAAGAAUCCACAAAAUAUUCACAUUUAUGAAGCUGGAAUCAGACAGUUUUGACUGAUUGAUUGAUUAUCAGAAUAGCUGUUGAUUAAUUUUAAUAGCUGACAACUAAUCUAAUCUUUAUUGCAGCUCUACUUGUUUGCAUGCUAGCUACUGGAUGUGGCUUUCACUGACACUAUUAACAGUUCUUACACACAUAAACAUCUGUAAGUCACGUUGGGUAUAUUACAAGGUCAAGGUCUUUCUUUCUUUAGGUUAUCAUGAGAGCCAAGUAAUUGUAAUCAAUAAGUCCUUUUUAAGCAAAAACACCAAAAAAACAAAACUAAAAUUUUGCAUUUGCAUUUUUCAGUGUUUCUGGACAUUAUAAAAAAUAUAUCACAUUAAAAUAAGCAGAUAAAUCAUCAGAUGGAAAAAGCAACUCGAAAAACUGCAAGUGGCAUUUGUUCAAUUUUUGGACUUUUUCCAGAUUGAGAAAAUAAUCAAGAACUUAUGUUCAAACGGACCUCCAGCGCCACAAACUUCUCCACCUUCAUGUUUGUAUGUUUGUCAGAGUCCUCCUGACCUCCAUCAUGGUGCCAGGCAUGGUGACACAAUGCCUCUACACUGCAACACACACCACCACCACCGCUGCCACCUCUAUCAUUAUAGCGCACCCCCCCAACAGACCAAGCUCCAGACAAUCAACAGCAAACAGCAAGAGGAGUCACCAGUAACUCCGAUGACGCAUCGCUUUAUAAAUGGAAGAAUGAGGGCAGAAACGCCAAAACGUGGAAUGACGAGGCUCGUUUGGGAUUUGGUGUGAGGUUUUUUUUUGGUCUUUUGUUUUUUUUUAUGUUGAAAAAAGGUCUUAGAGCAGGGCAGAAGAGGGUGAAAGGUCAGUAGGCAGAAGUAGAAACCAAAACUGUUGAUUCAAGUGUAUCUGGUGACUGCAGGGUUCCAGUCAUCUCGCACACUUUGAUUAUUCAACCUCUUUUUUUUGUUUGGAUCCUCUUUUUAAAAAAAAAAAUUCCUCCCCCUCACUCCUGUAUUUAUUUACUGAUUUCACAAAACACAUUCCCGGUGGCUUUUGACAUAAUUAAUGCAGUCUUUAAAUGUAAAUCAUGCCUUAUCGGUUCCUCCCAGAACCACGUUAUAAGCAUUAUAUAUUUACUGUAUGGAGGAUAUACUCGGCUCCCGUUACCACAGUAUUUUUUUCCAAGAAUCUGUCUUGGCAAAGAGUAUGUUUUUUUUUCAGGGAUGUUAAAGGAAGGCGAUCGGGCCCGUCUCGUGUGGUUUUGUAUUUAAAUGUGUUUGGGUUAAUUUCUUUGGGUCUUCUGAGCAGAAGUAGCAGGGCCUGAACGCGCUCAGUAUUUUUUGGCCCCUUCUGUCGUUCCAUCGACCUUUUUUGUGUUUGAACAGGCUGCGCGUGAGAGAAUGUAGCAAAAGGACGAUUCUUACCAGCCUCUUCAUCCCAAACAACAAUAAAAAAAGACACAAACAGCUGAUGUUGCACUUGGCCAACAAGUGGUUUCCUAGUGUUUUUGUUUUUUCCCCAGUCUUUCCCACUGAGCUGAGAGCACAGCGCUGUGAAACCUCAGUAGUGAUGUGGUGUCAGACGUUUGCCAGGUGAAAAGAUUAAAUAAAUGCUUUGUUGUAUUUUUUCUGUGUAAGUUUUUUUUUUUGUUUUGGCUUUUUGGAUGUGUGAGCCAAUAUGGUACCAGUGGAGAAAGUGUUGGAUGCUUCGCAGUUGCCCUGAAAACAAGUUUUUUUCAGAGACAAUUGAGCAUUAUGAUCCCCCUUCCUUUCUCUCUUCGCUCCUGUACCUUCGCUGCCUUAUCCCUGUGCAUCGGGAGCUUUUUCUCGAAGGCUCUUCAAGACGAACAAAUGCCAUUAAAACUAGAAAAUGAUAAUGCUGCGUUUUUAAGCUCCAUAGUUUUGUAUGUAUGCCGUCUGGUGAGCUUAAAUAUGGAAUAAAAACAUGUAAUAAGAAUGCUUGGUUAUACCCCCUUUCCAAAGAAAAUAAAGUAUAUGAAGAAACUGUA